AUGGACGCAACUCUUGACGCAGAUGCAGCCAGAAUGCGCGACGAUGCGAGCGCAAUAUUCCAUCUGCGUGAAGCGCAGCUUUCAGACCUCACCUCCAUUGCUCGCGUGUGGCACACAGCUUUCUUCAACGAUGAAAUCAUCGGCGACAUCAUGCAUCCCCACCGCCAGCAACAUCCUGAGGACGUUUAUUGGUUCCUGCUGAGAGGCAUUCGAGAGCGUUUCUGGAACUGGAGACAUCGGUUCAUUGUCGUGACGACGCACAAUGGAAAGGGCGCUGAAACGGUUGUAGGUGCUGCAGAUUGGCGAAGGCUUGGUACUGGAGGAGCUCAGAGGGACUUGUUGAAGGUAGACCCGCGGACUUUGAUUGCACCAGCCAUACGUACAUACCAGGCGAUAUCGCUCCGUAUAUUCCCUAAUCGAGCUGCCGAUACUUCUCGAUCCUCUUUUCUCGAUACGGCUGUAGCAGACUCUGAGAAGUACUGGACAGGCGACCGUGCAGAAUGUUGGGACUUGCAUGUCUGCGGCGUUCAUCCUGACUAUCAGGGCAAAGGUGUUGGGAAGCUCUUGGCGCAAUGGGGUGUACAAGAGGCGGAAAAAGAGGGCCCCGGUACAUGUGCCAGUGUGCUUUGCGGCGAGAAAAAUCGCGGCUUCUACGGCAAGGCCGGGCUUACUGUGCAGGUUGGGGGGAGGAAAGGGGAAGGCGGUGGCAUUGCGUUAUUUACGAAGUAG